GGAGAAAGGGGGAGAGAGGGAGGAGGUGGAGGAUGAGUCACAGAGGAAAGUAUGCCGGGGUCUGCCUGAGCACAGGCGGGAUCCGCAGGCUGUAGGGGCCGGGAACAGCCAGCCCCCCUCCCCUUGGGCACAGCUGCUCAGGGCUUUGAGGGCUCCGGGGAGGGAAGGGAUGCGCCCCCGACACUCCCCCAUCUGGGCUGCCCGCUCUGGAACAGGCUCAGGCAGCCGCGCUCCUCUCCGAAAAGUUGCAAACAACUUCUCUGGAGCAGGCGGGGGAAGGUCUGGCGCGAGGGAGACGGAGGAGGGCAGCGAUCCGGCCCUGGAAGUCUCCUCAUGGCCCAGGCCGAGGCGCUCCCCGGCGCCUGCCUGCGGGACAUCCCGCUGCACUUCUGGGCAGAGUCCCUGCAGGUGGUCCCGGCUCUCCUGGCGCCAGCGGUGGUUCUGGGGGCCGCCCUGGGCCUCGGCUGUGCGCUCCUGCUUUGCGUCUACGUGAUCAAACCUCUGCUCCAGGAGAAGAAAGAUGAUUCCCAGAGUCUCCUCAAAAACUUGGAUGCUGAUGUACAUCUUUAUGAAACUGACUCUUCACCAGGAGAAAAGAGAGAGGAAAUCCAAACACCCCUGGAUGAAGGGGUUCUUGGCGAAUAUGAGUCGCCACUCAACAGUAACAUCACAGCAUUCGCAUUAAAAGCAAAAGUGGUCUAUCCCAUCAAUCAAAAAUUUAGGCCUCUUGCUGAUGGAUCAUCCAACCCUUCUUUGCAUGAAAAUUUGAAACAGGCAAUUUUGCCUAAUCAAAUGAUGGAAGUUUCUCCUUCAAGUAGUCUUGGAUCCCUCAGCCAGGGAGACAAAGAAGAUUGCAGUUGUUCUAGUAGCAUGCACUCUGCUAUUAGUGAUGACCGAUUCCAUGACAGAACCUUUCCUAAGGUGACUUCUUUCCCUGAGGUGCUGACCUGUGAAAGUUUUGAUAUUAGCUUAUGUCUGCAUACCCUUCACCUGAAAAGCCUGCUACUCUUAGAUAAGGACAUGAGGCAGGAACAACACAUGAUGUUUAUCCAGAUUCUGAAAAUGUCCCUAAGUGAUAGUCUGCCAAAGAAGAAAGCUGGUGAUGAUUUGUAUCAAAAGAUCAUUUCAAAACAAGAAAUGAAUUUUGAAGAUUUAGAAAAACAAAUUCAGUCCAAAUUAUCAAACACAGAGAUGAUGGGUGCUGAUAGUUCUGAAUAUUCUACACUGGAAGAUAUUGAAAGAAAAGAGAGAGAAUAUUCAGAACACAUAAUACAUCAUAUGGAAGCCUUCUGGAACCAAAUGGAAAAAACCCAGUUCUUUCUCCUAGACCAAUUGAAAUGUAUGAGUGCCAAAGUCGGGCAGAUCAUGCAGAAUCUGACUGAAGGAAGGAUUACAGCAGAGGAGUUAUUAAGUACCUCUCAGGACUUGCAGACCCUGGACCUUCAAGAGAGAACAGUUGGUUUGGAAUAUAUGGCCAAAAUGAUCAACUCCUUAAAAUUACAAAUUCAGGAAGAGACCAAGUGUUGGUUGAUGGUGAUUUCCCGAGCACUGGAGUCAUUAACCAUUGCAGGAAAACUCUCUGUAAGACAGAAGGAAGAGCUGCUAACACAAUUGCACAAAGCUUUCUGGGAAGAAGUAGAGCACUAUAAUAGUGAAUUUGUUCAGCGAGGUAAGGACCUAAUUAAGACUUCUCUGGCUCGUCGGGAGGCAAUGAUAGAAAAAAUGAGCUUGGCUCACAAACAAGAGAGAGUACAUCUCCUUGGAAAAGCACAGAAGAUGACUGACCCUGGUGAGGUAAUUAAGGCUUAUCACGAAGUCCUGGAAAAGCAGAGAUUAACUCGUUAUGAUCUCGAAGAGGAGGAUGACAUUAAAACCACUGAAGCUGUCGCUGAUCUCUGCCAGGAGCUAUAUAGCAAAAGUAUCCAAACUUUUGAAAAACUCAUAGAGGAAACAUUUCUUCAGACCCUCUUGAGACUGACUGGCCUGCCCUUGGGAGAAUGUGAGCACUUGAAGCAAGAUGUUCACCACAGUGCAGCCCUUGAGUUGGAGAAGUCAGACCAAUUCCGAGAAAAGCAAUGGACACUUUUCCAAGAACUACUUGACCAAGAAAAACAGCUGUGGACUGAAGAGUUUGCCUUGUCUGCCAUCAUGAAGAAACACUUGUUGGAGAAACAUGAGAGUAUUAUCCAUGGGGUACUGUGUCGUCUGGGUGGUCUCAGUGAAGAGUCAAGAAAAUCCAUAUCACAGAAACACAGGCUCAUGCUGAGCUCCAUCCUCAGAAGACUUGCUCUCAGGAAUAUUGCUGCAGCCACAAUGACUCAGAUGAGAAUGUCCCGGAAAAAGAGUCUUCUUCAGGAGUUAAAAGAACAGUACAUCCUAGAAAAGAGCUCCUCUCAAUGUCAGGAUGAGCACCAGUGGCAGCUGCUGAAAGCCAUGGAGUCUCGUAUCCUGGAAGAAGAGCGGAAAGUAAAGGAGGAAACUCAACAGACACGUUUAGAAUUCCAUCAGCAGUUCAUUGUGGAAGUACAAGAGUGUAUCCAGUUUCUGUACCAACACACGCAGCGGGUGAUCGGCGGGGCCUUGCUUGAGCACGCUCGGUGCGACAUGGCCAAGAGCCAGGCCAAAGACAGAGAGGAUUUUAAGGGCACGCUGAUCGAAGCAGCUGUAGAAAGUGUCUACGUGACUAGCAACAAUGUAAACAGGCUCGUGUCCAGUUACUACCAAGAGAUUGGGAAAAUCAUGCAGGCUCAUGAAGAGAGAAAAUUGCAGCAGCUCAAGAUGCUACAGGCUGAAAGGAUGGACAAUUAUAAGCUUCAGAAGAAAAUGGAAUUGAGUGACCCAUUACCAAGUAGAAACAUGUCAAGCCCCGCCUCUGAUGUCCCCAGCACUGUCCAUCAAAGGAUGUUGUCACAGCAGAAGAAGUUCUUGGCCCAGUUUGACGUGCAUCAGCAGAUUCGCUUGGCAUCCCUGAAGCAGACUGCGGAAGUCAUGGAUCACCUGGGAGCCCAGCUUGAGACCGAGAUGAAGGAAGCCGAACAGAUCUUCAUCACUGAGCUGGCGGCAUUGGCUCGAGUGCCUCUCACUGAAAAUAAGCCAGCAGCCAACAAGAGAGGACAGCCUGAGAAGUGUCUGAGGAACAAAAAGAAGAAGCUCCUCCCUCAAGAAAACAAUGAGCCAGUUCUGAAUGAAGGUGACACUCCCUCCAGGGGCCAGACUUCAGGAACUUCCAGUAAACUGCAGAAUUAUGGUGAAAGUGAAGUUGGCGAAUUUGAGAAACCAAAGAAGUUCAGGAAAAAAAGAAGUAACUUAUAGUUCCUUGAAGAGGCAUCAAGAUGUCAGAAGCCGUACAGCAGAAGAGCCAAAUGGCCAUAUGACCUUGGGCCUAGAUGUCCCAGUGUUGACUGUAGAAGAUACUUGAGAAAUCUUCCUUGUGCCAUUUUUGGUGAGGUCCAGUCUGAUGAUGUUCAUGACAAAGGACUUGUAAAACUUUAAAGAAUGAUGUAAAGGGAAAGUGCUAUUGUUAUCUAGGACCCAAAAAGCAUUUUUAAAAAGUCCAGAAGAAAAUAAUGUUUCUUUCGAGUUGUGUGAAAUGAUCAUGGCCUUUGCAAAUCCAUUAGUUUACUGUAUUACUUUGGGCCAAUCAAUCUUACUCCCUGGUCCUCCUACUGGUCUUCAUGGGCCUUCCCAGGUCUGAUGGUCUAUGUAAACCUCUUCCCCACUCUGAGGUUGGAUGUUCUGGGUUGUAUCCUCCCUUCCAAAUUAAAAAAAAAGUCUCAUUCUAUGAAAAUGGUAAUUAUUUUAAAAAGAAAAUUAAUUUGGAAAAUUAAUAUGACUACAAACAUGUUCGUGAAUGACAGAAAUGUGGUCAGAUUGACAAAGCAGGCUUCCCUUUUGUUCUUAUUUCUUUAGAAAAGUGAUUUCAUAAGUCUAGCCAAUAGUGCCCUCCGAUGGUUGAAAAAUAUUUCAUUCCAAGUUCUGGGAAGGUUGACUUUCUCCUAUCAACGUCUCUAUCAACAAAUAAACUUUCAUGCAGCUCCUACCAAGUAUCAAGUGCUCUGCUAAAUGCUGGGGACUCAAAAAGAGGCAAAAGCCAAGCCCUGUCCUUAACGAGUUUGCAAUCUUAGAUUCCUUCAGAAAGAACUUUUCUUUCCACACUGAGCUUUUCAAUUCAGUUAUUGGAUAUCAGAGGUGCAUGAGACCUAGAUUUUCCCCAUCUUUUUAUAGCCAAUAAUCAAUUGAAAGUAGGACUUAGUAGAUAGAAGUUUAUCUUUGCAAUCAGGAAGACAUAUUCCAGACCCAUCUCUGACACACACCAGCUGGUGAGCAUGGGUAAGCCGCAUAACCUUUCAGUUUCCAUAUCUCCCUAAGACUGUCAGUCAUAGGAGAGGUUGCUUCUCCUUAUCCGAAAGCAAAGUUUCCACUAUGGGAAUUCCCCAAUAGCAGUAAAAAUCAUUGAUUUAUACCAAAAAGUAAAGUUUGGAAUUCAGACAGCACUUUGACAUUCGUCUGACAUUUAAUGUACUCUAGAUCAUUCAAUGAGCUUAAGAGUGUGUUGGAAUGAGAUGAUUCAGGCUGGUUCCACUGGCCUUGUGAUGAAGAGAGCCCUCUACGCCCAGAGAGAGGACCGUGGGG